CUUGUCCUCUUCCUCUCUUCUUCCAUCUUCUCUUCCUUCAACUCUUCUACGUCGUCUUUUCUACUCUCUCACUCGUUUUCUCUAGUCGAAAACUAUGGCUACUCUGACGGAUUUCGUGGACUUCUCUCAGUUGUCCCUUCAGGUGACUGCGCUGUCCAUUGCCUUCAAUCCUAUCUUUUGGAACAUUGUUGCUCGUGCUGAGUACCGGAAUCACUUCUUGACUCGUAUAUUCGGUAGCCCCUAUUAUGGAUGCUACUUCCUCGCAUUCGCCAUCUUUUCUUUAGGCAUUCUGCGUGACCACCUCUACCAAUUGGCUCUGGCUGACCAGCCUUACUACGCCCCUGUGCACCAACCGAUCCUGGGAGCUGUCCUCUUUGGCUUUGGCUCCGUUCUCGUUUUGUCCAGCAUGUAUGCUCUUGGCGUCACCGGCACCUACCUCGGAGACUACUUCGGAAUUCUGAUGGAUGCCCCCGUCACUGGCUUUCCGUUCAGCAUCACCGGCUCCCCCAUGUACUGGGGAAGCACCUUGAACUUCCUGGGAGUCGCUCUUUACCACGGCAAGGUGGCUGGAGUCGCAUUGACGGCCGAGGUCUUCAUCUUGUAUUGGUUUGCUCUCCAGUGGGAAGAUCCUUUCACUGGCGAGAUCUACGCCAAGCGCGACCGUGAACGUGCGAAGCAGGCCGGCAAGAGCCAGUAAAUGGCAACCGGCCUGGCCUGUGAGACAUAAGACCAGCACCAUGUGCUGAAAUACCGAGACUUAUUGCAAGGUUAGAUAAGGACUUCAACAAUCCACAACCUUUGCAUUUUCAUGACAAGAAGCGUCAAUCACUAGACGUUUUGACGAACUGCUUACGGGUCCAUGAGUACAAUACCACUGAGAUACUAUUAAUCCUCAACGAUCGAUCAAAAAUUCCCGGGAUUGGUAGAAUGAUUCACCUCCCUGGAACGCUGUUUGAAUAUAGACAAAAAGAAAAUUUGAGAAGACAUCCUGUGUUUUGUAUAUAUUCCUCUUUGUUGAAAUAGCCACAUUCCCCCCCCC